AAGGAGUGGUGCUUGGUAUGGGGGGGGUAUUUCUUACUUUCUCUUUCAUCUUCUCUUGAGCUACAAUGGCUGCUGCACACAAGAUGACGAAAGAGGAAGCAUUUCUGAAAAAGAGAGAGACUUUCAGAAGGAAUGCUUUCUGGAUUAUCGAGGAAAUGGUGGGACUGAGUCCACGACAUCCGUCAGUGUUGGUAGAUGAGGUUCUCCACAGCAUCUUCUUUCUGGGAGGGAUCUUCACUCCACCAUAUUCUCCAAAAGAUAUUGUGAGUGAUGAUGACAUGCUGAACAAGCUGAAGGGCCGCUACCCUCGGCCCUUUGAACUCUACUCCUCUCAAGUACCCAAGCGGAGUCCAAUCUCAUGUGUGCUGGACAUGAUUGUACUCCUGACUGGACAAGAGAAGGAAGACCAAAUAGUAAAGAAGCUGCGAGAGCUCAUUGUUAAACUGAAGGAGGAUGAAGCAACAGAUCUGAUCUCCAGCACCAUUUGCGUCUCUCAGCCAAACAAGACCCGCAAUUCACACACAUACUACGGAGUCUCCAUGUCCACCUCCGGUCCUAAUCCCGGACGAAUCAUGAUCGCUGCAUCUUGUCUGAGCAACUGGGACAGUUACGUGGCUGGUGCAGUGAUGACCUACUAUCCAAACAAAGAGAAGAAGCUUUAUUUUGAUGGAACCAUCAAGCUUCCAAAGCAGGUCAGGUGCGAGGCGUUCAGCCUCACUAAAGGGGGAGAAAUGCUUCCGUGCAGAUCGUGUGAAAACUUGUUUGGUUUGACACCAAGUGACACAAAGGUAUGGCCGUAUGGAAACUGUGCCGAAGCUGAGAGCGUGAGCAAUUUGCUCAAAAAUGAGAAGGAAGUGAGAGAGCAAGCACAACCAAAAUCUCCAACGUGCACGGAUGCGAACAGGGAACAAGCAAGGGAGAGCGUCUUGAAAGAGCUUAAUAAAAUUCUCCGCAUGGUGCAAUUUAAGUGGGACAAAAAUUUUUACGCCCCACAAGUUCGAUCUUAAAUAGCAGAGAUGAUUGGAUGCUAAAAAUGUAUUGUACAAGGAUUAUGGGACCAUGUGAUUCUUCUAUCAGUAAAACCUUCUCUGUAAGCUUUGAGGCACUGCUUACUUCUUUGUUGACAUGAAAUUCAUGUGAUCACAGUUGUAAAUCUAAUGUGUUAACUACUUCCUACUGUAACAAUAAAGAUAUGAAUGCAUU